CAUACACACCGAGUUAGUCAUCGACUGCUGCAUCUUAUCAACUAGCCAAACACCCGUUGUUGAUCCUAUUUCAAAACAUGGCCGACCCGGUGUCGCUGGCCGCCUCGUGCGCUAUGCCGCCCGUGCUCUCCAAGUCGGCGGUGGCUCCUGGGGAGGUUAAGCGCAGCGCGCACAUCAAAAUGGACUCCUACAAUGUGGGGGCAGUCGCGCCCUACCAGGCGAUGCCGGUGGCUGGCCCCGUUAUCACGCACCACAAGUCCACGGCGCUGCCUGUGGUUGAGCCUCACCCGGAGAUGACUGCGGAGGAGCGCGAGGCUCAAAUUGCGGAGAUGAUUGGCAGCUACAUGAAGAAGCUGGCAGAGCGCACGCACCACCACAUGGGGUACCCUUACAACCUGGACUUCGACUACGGGCUGCUGGAGGGCCUCACCAAGUACAGCAUCAACAACCUGGGCGACCCGUUCAUUGAGAGCAACUACGGUGUGCACUCUCGCGAGUUCGAGGUGGGCGUGCUGAACUGGUUCGCGCGCCUCUGGGAGAUCGAUGAGGAGGAGUACUGGGGCUACAUCACCACCUGCGGCACGGAGGGCAACCUGCAUGGCAUCCUGGUGGGCCGCGAGAACUUCCCCGAUGGCGUCAUGUACGCCUCCAGCGAGUCCCACUACUCGGUGUUCAAGGCUGCGCGCAUGUACCGCAUGGAGGCUGAGAAGGUCCCCACCCUGGAGUCGGGCGAGAUCAACUACGACGACCUGAAGGCUGCGCUGGUGAAGAACGCCGGCAAGCCCGCCAUCCUCAAUGUCAACAUCGGCACCACCGUCAAGGGUGCCGUGGACGACCUGGACCGUGUGCUGGAGGUGCUCAAGGAGGCGGGCUACACUGAGGACCGCUUCUACAUUCACUGCGACGGCGCGCUGUUCGGCAUGAUGAUGCCCUUCCUCAGCCGCGACGCGCCCAUGGUCACCUUCCGCAAGCCCAUCGGCUCCGUGUCGGUGUCAGGCCACAAGUUCGUGGGCGCGCCCGUGCCUUGCGGCGUCAUUAUCACCCGCUUCAAGUACGUGAUGGCGCUGUCGUCGGACGUGGAGUACCUCAACAGCCGCGACGCCACCAUCAUGGGCUCGCGCAACGGCCACGCGCCGGUGUACCUGUGGUACACGCUCACGCGCAAGGGCUACGACGGCAUGCGCCGCGAUGUGGAGAAGUGCAUGCGCAACGCGCAUGUGCUGCAGCAGAUGCUGGAGAGCGCCGGCAUCCGCACCAUGCUCAACGAGCUGUCCAACACCGUGGUGUUUGAGCGGCCGAAGGAGGAGGCGUUCGUGCGCAAGUGGCAGCUGGCGUGCGAGGGCGAGAUCGCGCACGUGGUGGUCAUGCCCAACAUCACCGUGGAGAAGCUGGAGGAGUUCGUCGCCGACUACGUGCAGAGCCGCGCCCGCGUGUCCAUUGCCGCUGCCAAGCGCGUUGCCUGCGAGGCAAAGGCGGCCGAGGAGGAUGUGUAAUGUGAAGGAGAGAAAUGUGGCGCGUGUUUGUACAGUGUGAUAAGUAGUUGGCGAAGAGGUGGAGCGUGGUGGUUUUUGAAAAAGAAGACUUGCAGGCGUGGAUUCAUUCAGGGUGGAAUGGGUGACAGAGUACCUCGACGUGACGAUUGGAUUCCGCUGCGGGACGCUGUGGAAACCACCUUGACAUUGACUGAGUGCUGUAUUAGAGCGCCGCCUGGAAGGGCGUGUGUGGUCUGCGCGCGCGUUAUGUGGUAUCUGAGCGUCGGGCGCUAAGAUAUGUUGGCAUUAGUGAAUUCGGACACGAACGGCUGCGGUGACAGAGAUCCGGGCUUGGGCUGUGGAAACACGUUGCUUGUGGGUGAGCCUCGUUUGGUGUGCGGGAUCCCCAGUGUACUUGUAUACGUUUUUGACGCAGAGCUCGGAUUGUGGGGAUGCACAUUGUGUCCCUGCCAAUAGAUGACAAUACUUGAUACGGUAUGACAACUGCACGACCCCUCACGUGCGGGGCUGUGUCAGUCGAUGGGGUGUGCGUUGCGACCACCCCCGACCCAAAGCGAAACUCCCACCAAGUUGGGCUAUACAGUAGAUAUGUAACAACACGUUUGU